UAAUUGAGAAUUACAUAUUUUUUCGUAACGAAUGCCAUCUAUUAUUUCUAUAAUUUAUGACUUCAGUCGAAGCAUCUGUAACGUGAACGUUCGGAACUCCUUUGAAAGGCUUAACAAGGAGUCACCUCCACGUUCUUCAUUUUGACAGCAGCAUAAGGACAAGUAAAUCUCCGACAUCAUGCCACCAAAAAAGUCUAUGGAAGAAACUGAUCGAUUGACUCGUAUAGCUAUUGUAAAUUCCGACAAGUGUAAACCUAAAAGAUGUAGACAAGAAUGUAAAAGAUCAUGUCCUGUAGUGCGAAUGGGGAAACUUUGUAUAGAAGUAACUCCAUACAGUAAAAAAGCAUCUAUUUCUGAAGAACUGUGUAUAGGAUGUGGUAUUUGUGUAAAGAAAUGUCCAUUUGAAGCCAUAUCUAUUAUCAAUCUUCCUAGUAAUUUAGAGAAAGAAACGACGCAUCGUUAUUCCAAAAAUUCAUUUAAAUUGCAUAGACUUCCUAUACCACGUCCUGGGGAAGUCUUGGGUUUGGUUGGGACAAAUGGUAUUGGAAAAUCUACCGCUUUGAAAAUUUUGGCAGGAAAGCAAAAACCAAAUUUAGGUCGAUUUUCUGAUCCACCGGACUGGACAGAAAUAUUAGGUCAUUUUAGGGGUAGCGAAUUACAAAAUUAUUUUACCAAAAUAUUAGAAGAUGAUUUGAAGGCUCUUAUCAAACCACAAUACGUUGAUCAAAUUCCAAAAGCAUUGAGAGGAACGGUUCAACAAUUUUUAGAUAAAAAAGAUGAAUGCAAAAAUCAAAUAGAAAUUUGUCAAAUGUUGGAUCUAAUGCAUAUACUUGAUAGAGGUGUCGAAGCUCUUUCAGGAGGAGAACUUCAGCGUUUUGCUUGCGCUAUGGUAUGCAUUCAAAAUGGUGAUAUUUUUAUGUUUGAUGAACCGUCUUCGUAUUUAGAUGUUAAACAACGUCUCAACGCAGCUGUAGCUAUUCGAUCAUUAAUUCAUCCAGAUAAAUUUAUAAUCGUGGUGGAACACGAUUUAUCUGUGUUAGAUUAUUUGUCCGAUUUUAUAUGCUGCCUGUACGGUGUACCCGGUGCUUAUGGUGUCGUUACUAUGCCUUUUUCUGUACGAGAAGGUAUAAAUAUAUUUUUGGAUGGAUUCGUUCCUACUGAAAAUUUGAGAUUCCGUGAGGAGUCUCUUGUUUUUAAGGUUGCAGAAAGUGCAACCGAAGAGGAAGUGAAACGUAUGAAUCAUUAUGAAUAUCCAGCAAUGACAAAAACAAUGGAUUCUUUUACAUUGCACGUUGAAAAAGGACAAUUCACGGAUUCUGAGAUUCUUGUAUUGUUAGGAGAAAAUGGUACUGGAAAAACAACAUUUAUAAGAAUGUUAGCAGGAAAUUUACCUCCUGAUGAUGGAUCAGGAAGUAUUCCGUUGUUGCAUAUAAGUUACAAGCCACAAAAAAUCAGUCCUAAGUCUCAAGGCAUCGUGAGACAAUUGUUGCACGAGAAGAUCAGGGAUGCUUAUGUUCAUCCUCAAUUUGUAACCGAUGUAAUGAAACCUUUGAAAAUUGAUGAUAUUAUGGAUCAGGAAGUACAAAAUUUAUCUGGGGGAGAAUUACAACGUGUUGCCAUGGCUCUUUGCCUUGGUAAACCAGCAGAUGUUUAUUUGGUUGACGAGCCAUCAGCUUAUUUAGAUUCUGAACAACGUUUGGUAGCUGCAAAGGUCAUCAAAAGGUUUAUAUUACAUGCAAAGAAAACAGGAUUUGUAGUAGAGCACGAUUUUAUUAUGGCUACUUAUUUAGCUGAUCGUGUGAUUGUAUUUUCUGGUACGCCAUCAUUGAAAACGACUGCACACAGUCCGCAAUCUUUAUUAAAUGGUAUGAACAGAUUUUUAGAAUUAUUAGGUAUUACUUUCCGAAGGGAUCCUAAUAAUUUCAGACCAAGAAUUAACAAAAGUCAAUCAGUAAAGGAUUUAGAACAGAAGAGAGCUGGUCAGUAUUUCUUCCUGGAAGAAUAAGAAAGUCCACACGUGUCUCGUAUACGAAUUGGAUAGCAGCAUAUGCAAGAUAACGUUAAGAUACUUUGGUGAAGUUUAUAUUUACACACAUUGAUAAAGGAUAUCUCUUAGGAUCAAUGUGAAAUAAUUCUUAUAAUAAUAAUUGUAUUUUAUGCGAAAGGGAUGAGACAUUUGUUUUACCAUCAAAAGUGAUCUAUUAUUCUGUAUCUUGCACGAAAAUUCUCUUCUCAUUAAUUUAUAUUAUUAUUAUUAUUAUUAUUAUUAAUCAAAAUGGAAAUAAACAUCACAAUUGGAUAUGUGACAUCUGGAAUAGGUUACACCUGUGUAAAAAAAAAAAAAAUAAAAAUAAAAAAAAUAAAAAAAAGAAAAGAAGAAAAAGGACAAGGAAACAAAACUAACAAAACAUGCAAUAUGUAAUAUCUUUUUGUAUAAAAUAUUGAUUACUAUAAUGUCCGCGCGUAGAAUUAAUUUAUAAUUAAUAAGACAAAAAAAAACAGAAGAUGAAUAAAUAUAAACAUCAUGAUUUUCGUGUACGCUCGCUAUGCAACAUAUGAACACAUUGUAAGGAUAUGAAAUAUAUGAUACGUCAUAAGAAGGAAAUAUUCCACACGUA